CGGGCGCGGGGGGCGCGGGCAGGGCGGGGGGGGGGGUGCGCGCGCUCCGAGGUUUCGGGCCAGCCAUCGCCGGCGCGCGAGCUAGAAGCGCCCCAGCCCGGCAAGCUGGCUCACCCGCUGGCCGCCCAGCCCGGCCCGCUGGCCCCUCUCCUGCAGCCCAUCUGGAGGAGCGGCGGCGGCGGCGGCGGCGGCGGCGGCGGCAGCGGCGGCAGGAGGAUGGCAUCGGAACUGGCCAUGAGCAACUCCGACCUGCCCACCAGUCCCCUGGCCAUGGAAUAUGUUAAUGACUUCGAUCUGAUGAAGUUCGAAGUGAAAAAGGAACCGGUGGAGACCGACCGCAUCAUCAGCCAGUGCGGCCGUCUGAUCGCCGGGGGCUCGCUGUCGUCCACCCCCAUGAGCACGCCCUGCAGCUCGGUGCCCCCGUCCCCCAGCUUCUCGGCGCCCAGCCCGGGCUCGGGCAGCGAGCAGAAGGCGCACCUGGAAGACUACUACUGGAUGACCGGCUACCCGCAGCAGCUCAACCCCGAGGCGCUGGGCUUCAGCCCCGAGGACGCGGUCGAGGCGCUCAUCAGCAACAGCCACCAGCUCCAGGGCGGCUUCGAUGGCUACGCGCGCGGGGCGCAGCAGCUGGCCGCGGCGGCCGGGGCCGGCGCCGGCGCGUCCCUGGGCGGCGGCGGCGAGGAGAUGGGCCCCGCCGCCGCCGUGGUGUCCGCCGUGAUCGCGGCGGCCGCGGCGCAGAGCGGCGCGGGCCCGCACUACCACCAUCACCACCACCACCACCACCCGGCCGGCGGCCAUCACCACCACCCCCCGACGGCCGCGGGCAGCGCGUCCGCCUCGGCCGGCGCGGGCGGCGCGGGCGGCGCGGGCGGAGGAGGCGGCGGCGGCGGCGGCGGGGCCCCGGCCAGCGCCGGGGGCGGCGGCGGCGGCGGCGGCGGCGGGGGCGCGGCGGGGGCGGGGGGCGCCCUGCACCCGCACCACGCCGCCGGCGGCGGCCUGCACUUCGACGACCGCUUCUCCGACGAGCAGCUGGUGACCAUGUCGGUGCGCGAGCUGAACCGGCAGCUGCGCGGGGUCAGCAAGGAGGAGGUGAUCCGGCUGAAGCAGAAGAGGCGGACCCUGAAAAACCGCGGCUAUGCGCAGUCCUGCCGCUUCAAGAGGGUGCAGCAGAGACACGUCCUGGAGUCGGAGAAGAACCAGCUGCUGCAGCAGGUCGACCACCUCAAGCAGGAGAUCUCCAGGCUGGUGCGGGAGAGGGACGCGUACAAGGAGAAAUACGAGAAGCUGGUGAGCAGCGGCUUCCGAGAAAACGGCUCCAGCAGCGACAACCCGUCCUCUCCCGAGUUUUUCAUAACUGAGCCCACUGGCAAGCUGGGUACCCCUGGAAACACCACAUUUUCGAAGUCCCGGCCAUUCCUUCUUACAGAUGUGUUCCCCAAAUGAAAUUUAUGUGAGAUCUGUACAUUAAAAAAUUAGUAUGAAUCAUUA